UGAUGGACAUCUUUAUGAGCCAUUGUGUGCCAGAGGUCAUUUUAACGGACAGAGGGCGGGAGUUCUGCAACGAGAUUAAUGCAGCCAUGUUCGAAAGGUACGGUGUCAAGCACCGUAUGACUUCCGCCUACCACCCUCAGACGAAUGGUUUGGAUGAGAGGACCAACCAGACGCUGAAGAGAGCGAUUGGGAAGACCCUUGAUGGGCAUCAGAACAGGUGGGAGGACAAUUUAAAAAAUAUUGUUUUUGCACAUAAUUCCUCUGUCCAAUCCUCAUCUAGGUUCUCGCCGUUCCGGUUAAUGUACGGACGGGAGCCACGUCUCUUCAGUGAGAUCACUGGAGAGACAGAAGAGACAGAGUAUGUGGACACUGCUGAUGAAGACGACGUUGAGGCCUAUGUUAAAGAACGGGCAGAGAGGGACGCGGAGGCCUAUGUUAAAGAACGGGCAGAGAGGGACGUUGAGGCCUAUGUUAAAGGACGGGCAGAGAGGGACGCGGAGGUCUUUGAGAAGGUGCAUGCUAACCUGGAGAAGGCCCAGCAGCGACAGAAGGUUGCAUACAGGAACAGGAGCAAAAGGGGCAUGAAGAGGUUCCUCAUCAAACCAGGCAUGGAGGUGCUCAAAAAAGAUGAGCGGAAACGAGGGAGGCCAGGGAUGACGAUGAAGCCUGAUUGGCCAACCAAGUACAGGGUGGUCGAGGUGGAGGGCAAUCUUGUCCAGCUGGAGACCAUGGAUGGGAUCCCCUGAAAACCAGGACACCCUAUGCUUCAGUGAAGCCAAUACGAACCAGGUCUCAGACUGGCUCCCCCAUUGAGGAGACUGUUGAGCUUUCGUGCUCUGACAGCUCUGUGUUAGGGAGUGACACUCUUGAGGUGGCAUGCGAUGGACUUCCUAGUGAACCGUCCUCACAGACAGAGACAUGGCAGUCAGGUGAUCUGCCCUGCUCUAUGACAGAGGAU